UUUUCUUUUGUUUAGCGGUGUGUCGGUUUGUGUGUGUGUGCGUAUGUGAAAUUGAAAGAAAAGAAAAUUCCCAGCGUCAUUUGUGCAGAGAGCGCAGGCCAAGUAAACAGUAACGUAAACACAGCUCGGCACGGCGAAGACAAGCAACAGGAACUCAGCUUUCGGCAGGCAGACGGACCAGAGAAACGGCCUCAAAAUUGGCAAGAUACGCAAGAACAAGAAAAUGAGCUACAACGAGAAGUCGGAGGCUAUCAGCAAGGAGGAGUGGCUGCAGCGCCUGGAGCAUUUUCCAUUCAAGCAAGCGGACAUGAAUCGGCUGAUCAUGAACUACUUGGUCACAGAGGGCUUCAAGGAGGCCGCCGAAAAGUUCCAGCACGAGGCCGACCUGGAGCCAAGUGUAGAGCUCAGCAGCCUGGACGAGCGCAUCCUCAUCCGCGAGGCGGUGCAGGCGGGCCGCGUUGAGGAGGCAACCCAGUUGGUUAACCAACUGCAUCCAGAGCUGCUGGGCAGCAAUCGCUACCUGUUCUUUCACCUGCAGCAGCUGCAGCUCAUCGAGCUUAUCCGCGCCGGGAAGGUAGAGGAGGCGCUGGCCUUUGCCCAGACCAAACUGUCCGAGUCUGGCGAGGAAGCCAUGUUCGAGCUGGAGCGCACCCUGGCGCUGCUCGCAUUCGAGAAGCCCCAGGAGAGCCCCUUUGCCGAUUUGCUGGAGCAGUCGUAUCGCCAGAAGAUCGCCAGCGAGCUUAACUCGGCCAUCCUGCGUUGCGAACACAGCGAGGACUCCACACCCAAGAUGAUGUUCCUCCUCAAACUGAUCCUCUGGGCCCAGUCCAAGCUGGACAGCCGCUCCAUCAGCUAUCCCAAGAUGAAGAACCUUGAGACGGCGCAUCUGGAACCCAAAUAGGGCGGAGCUGCGACGAGCAGGACUGGACAGAGCGGAAUGGAACCCCCCUUUGACUUCUUUUGCUAUUGCUAUUGCUAUUGUAUCUCUUUUUAAUGUAUGUAUGUAUGCUGGAUAGGAUGUACGCAGAGAAUUAUUAAAUAAGUAGCUGGAA